CAACACAAACUGUUUGUCAAUACUGGCAAUUCAGAUGUGCCAAUGGGUACCAAUGUGUGAAUCGAUAUUAUAAAUGUGAUGGAUGGAUUCAUUGCUCUGAUGGCAGUGAUGAAUGGUAUUGGAACUGUGGUAUGUAUUCAUACUAACAUCUGAAAAAAAUAUCCCUGAAUAUUCCCUCACAAAUUCUAAAUUAACAACUUUCUCCAGAUGGCAUUUAAUGUACCUGUAUGCUUAAUGAGGAUUUUGGCCCUAAAUUAACAACUUUCUCCAGAUGGCAUUUAAUGUACCUGUAUGCUUAAUAAGGAUUUUGGCCAUCCAUAUCUCAGUAACCACGGAUUGAAUUCAUAUAUAUUCGAUUGAACAGGGCCUGCGACCCCUGUCAAUUCAAAUGAUAGCUAGCAUAAACCAUGAGAACAUGUAACGUAUUAUUUUAUGAUUUUUUUAGGAUAUUCUUCUAUUAGUUCUAUAAAACCUUCUUCUACUGCCAAUGUACAAGGUGAAUAA